GAGGAGGAGGAGGAGGAGGAGGAGGAGGAGAGGGGGGAGCAGAGACGCUCGAGGAGAGAAACGCCCUAGCAAGACGAAAGGGAAGGCGGAAGGGAGCGAGAGCCGCGGCCGGAGCCCAUCAGGGCCGCGCUGAAGAGCCCGGGCGAGCGAGCGAGCGAGCGAAGGAAAGCAAGCGGGUACCGCAAAAGAAAGUCAACCCAGCCGGCCAGCCAGUCUUCUCCGGCCGUCUUGGCGCUCGGGAGAAGCGCCUCGCCGUCCAAGGAGGGGGGAGCCCAGGCUUUCCCUUCCUCCGCCGAGGUCCCUCUGCCCCCUUUCCCCUCGCCCGGCUUCCAGGCUCCCCCCCUUUUUUUUCCCACCAUGAAGGCGGCGGGCGACCCGAAGCCCACCUUGACCAUCAUCAAAGCCGAGAAGGUGGAGGUGGAUCUCUUUCCAUCCCCCGAUAUGGAAUGUGCAGAUGUCCCUUUGUUAACUCCAAGCAGCAAAGAAAUGAUGUCUCAGGCAUUAAAAGCCACAUUCAGUGGUUUCACAAAAGAGCAGCAACGACUGGGAAUACCCAAAGAUCCUCACCAAUGGACAGAAACUCAUGUACGGGACUGGAUUAUGUGGGCCAUGAAUGAAUUCAGUCUGAAGGAUGUGGACUUCCAGAAGUUCUGCAUGAACGGAGCUGCCCUGUGUGCUCUAGGGAAGGACUGCUUCCUUGAAUUAGCACCAGACUUUGUAGGAGACAUUCUUUGGGAACAUCUGGAGAUGUUGCAGAAAGAAGAGAUCAAGCCAUAUCCAGCAAAUGGAAUAAAUACUGCCUAUCCAGAAUCUCGCUAUACAUCCGACUACUUCAUUAGUUAUGGCAUUGAGCAUGCUCAGUGUGUGCCUCCAUCAGAGUUUUCUGAGCCCAGCUUCAUCACAGAGUCCUACCAGACUCUCCAUCCAAUCAGCUCUGAGGAGCUCCUAUCUCUCAAAUAUGAGAAUGAGUACCCAUCAGUCAUUCUUCGCGACCCAGUGCAGAUGGACUCCUUGCAGACAGACUACUUCACCAUCAAACAGGAAGUCGUAACACCGGAUAACAUGUGCAUGGGGCGUGCCAGCCGAGGUAAACUUGGGGGCCAAGAUUCUUUUGAGAGUAUAGAGAGUUAUGACAGUUGUGACCGUCUGGCGCAGUCCUGGAGCAGCCAGUCAUCCUUCCAGAGUCUACAGCGCGUCCCUUCCUAUGAUAGCUUUGAUUCGGAGGACUAUCCUGUCCCUCUACCCAACCACAAGCCCAAAGGCACUUUCAAGGACUAUGUUCGAGACCGAACUGACAUGAACAAGGACAAACCUGUCAUUCCUGCUGCUGCCCUGGCUGGUUACACAGGUAGUGGACCUAUUCAGUUAUGGCAAUUCUUGCUGGAACUUCUGACAGACAAGUCCUGCCAGUCCUUCAUUAGCUGGACAGGUGAUGGCUGGGAAUUUAAACUUUCUGAUCCUGAUGAGGUGGCAAGGAGAUGGGGCAAGAGGAAAAACAAGCCAAAAAUGAACUAUGAGAAGCUGAGCCGCGGAUUGCGUUACUACUACGACAAGAACAUCAUCCAUAAGACCGCAGGGAAACGUUACGUGUAUCGUUUUGUAUGUGAUCUGCAAAGUUUGUUGGGUUACACUCCGGAAGAGCUCCAUGCCAUGUUGGAUGUGAAGCCAGAUGCUGACGAGUGAAUGGAUCCAUUUUACCAAAAUUGAACAAUCUGCAGAACAUAAAGGACUUUUAUUUCUUUCUUAACCCCAAUCGUUAUUUUCCUUAAGAAAAAAAAAAAGAAAGAAAAAAAGCAUAAUUUUUCAUUGGCCGUACUUAAGAAGGGGUAGGAUUUUAAGCUUUUGAAUGAAACUGUGACUUAGGUUGGCUGGGAGGAGGAAGAACGAAGUUUCCAAUUCACAUCUUCUUGGAGUUGUGUUUGCAGCUGGGAUUUUAGAAGUCAGGAAAAUGAGCACCAUUUUGUUACAUCUAUUUAAUGAAUUCAUAUCAUUCCCCUUUCUUCCCGGUUUUAAAAACUGACAAUCGGUGUGUUUGUAAGACAGUGCUGUCUUUAACUGAUGGAGAACAGUCUUAAGUGGCAAACCGUCCUGUUUUACAGGGAAAAAUAUAUCUGAAUAAUCAAGUACUGUGAUCUCAGAUAAUUUUUGCAUUUCAUAAAACAGGUCCCUGUUCUUCUGUUUGUCGGGGAGGGGGGGCAAAAAAUCCACCUCUUUUUUUUUUUUAAGAAAAUGUUUAAAAGAAAUUGUAUUUUAUUAAAUUUUGUGCCAGUAUUUUUUAAAAUAGUCUUAAGCUCUAUUCAGUAUUGCAAAAAAAAAAAAAAAAAAUCACGUGUUUGUUUGUUUUGCCAGCUGUGGAUUUUUAUCGCCAUUGAGCAAAAAUGAAAUAUGUCUACAUAGAACUCCACUAGAAAUGAGCAGAUGGAAUAGACUGGUAGAAAACCAAGAUACAAGUGUAGGCUAAGAAUGGGGAACUCUAGGUGAAUGGAUAUUUUGCUUGAAUGCUAGAUUUCCUGCACUUUAUUCUCUUAUGUCAAUAGAUCUGUGCCUCUGCUUGUGCAUUUUCAGUCAUGCCAGUUUUGUACUGAGAUUUUAUUUAGUUUUUUGUCUGCAUGUAAUGAGUACGUGCUUAUCUAGGAUACUUUAAAGAACAGUCUUAUUCCACUGAUCAGGUAGCAUCUUUUCAAGCUAAUAGAUUUUAUUCAAAGAUUUAUGCUUUUUAUUGUGUCCAUCUAGAAAAAUGCUACCCACUCUGUCUGAUUUUUGCCUACCAUAAAUUAACAUGGCUCUCUUUCUACAAUUAUUCCAUUGUUUGAAAAGUAGGAUGGUUGAUUCCCUUAUCAUAGGGACAUUUCAAUUGUCCAUCUGUUACGGCUUGUUUCUGCUUCUUUUCACAGGUAUCAGUUGCUAUGAAUGUUUCAUUAGUGCCUUGUAAUAGGACCAAAUCACUGAAUUGGUUUUCAGAUUGAGCUGGAAAACCCCCGUAUUCAGUGUGAUUUUCUGAAUCAAGCUGAAUCACUGAAUCGGAUCAGAUUUACAAUUAGAAUCAGAUUAGAGUCAAUCAUAUUCUAUAACGAUCUGCAACGGAGUAUUUUAUAAGAAAAGGUUCAAUAAUCUCUAGGUAUUCAGAAGCUCUUUUGAGAUAAUACGAGCACGUCAAAAUAUAUGGGUUUCUGCCUUCUGAUCAAUGUGUCUACACACAUAAGGAUGAGAAUUAAGAGUAGGUAGGGAAGACGUUAGGGGUCUUAUCUAAUUUGGCAGAUACUUUUGUUUUCAUUGAAUAGAUAGAAAAUAAAUCAGGGCCAUUAAGCAUGUUUCCAAGUUACAAUAUAUAUGCUCAUUUUCUUCAUGCUAUGUGUUGUCCAAAAAUAAUCAGGCUUGGUGUUAACCGGUAGGUGCAGUUUAAGAUGGGUUCCAACUCUACAGUUCCAUCAUCCUGAUUUGGAUACACGGAAAGAAUGCAAAAACUGAUUGUUAUCCCCUCAAAUACCCGAGUCCUAAAUAUUUACUAUCUCAAGAAGAAAAACAACCCGUAUUUUAAAAUGCAUCUUUAAAAUAUUUGAAAAGAUACUAUUCAUAGAUGACCUUUUCCUGCUAGCUUUUGCUGUUUGUUUGUUUUGAGUAUCUUUCAAGAGGAGGGCAGGUUGAAGUUCAAUGGCUUAACUUCUUUUCCUUUCUUCACUGUGAAUUAGAAUAUAUUUUAUGGUGGAGGGGGUCAUAGAAUAUUUAGAUAUUCUAUGAAUUUGUAUCCCCUCUUUCUGCCCCAUCUCGAAUCAUCUGCAGAUUUAAAAAUAUAACUCUAUUCCUUGACUCAUUUGUAAAGCAAUCGAAAAGCCUUUACAAAAACUGAAAUUAAGGGAAAGGAACCUUAUAUUUCUAGAGGUCUGGAUCCUAAAUCUUCACUCCCCUGAGUACAGCCAUGCCUAUAUCUGUAUGCCUGCUUUACGAGACCAGUGGCUGUAUCAGCCUUACAGCUUUUGGGUCACAUUAAUCAUUUGUGUUGUUGUACAUCAAUGAAAUAUAAUGCAUGAAAGACUCUGCAAAAGAACAAACAUGGAGAGCCAACAUUUGCAAACCGGAGAACAGUAAUAUGAUCUUCACUCCUCCUCACCCCCCCAAAAAAACCCACCCCAAACUGUAAUAGAAAUGAAUCAUUUCAGUCAUGCAAAAUUGAAAGUGGGACAACUUUGAGUUGCUUGAAAUGUCAGUGGAAUUUGACAUAGAGCAGAUCUGAGACCCUGCUAUGUAACCUGUAGGAAUAGAAUAGAAUAACAGAGAUGGAAAGGACCUUGGAGGUCUUCUAGUCCAACCCCCUGCUUAGGCAGGAAACCCUAUACCACUUCAGACAAAUGGUUAUCCAACAUCUCCUUAAAAACUUCCAGUGUUGGAGCAUUCACAACUUCUGGAGGCAAGUUGUUCCACUGAUUAAUUGUUCUCACUGUUGGGAAAUUCCUCCUUAGUUCUAAUUGCUUCUCUCCUUGGUUAGUUUCCACCCAUUGCUUCUUGUCCUGCCCUCAGGUGCUUUGGAGAAUAGUUUGACUCCCUGUUCUUUGUGGCAGCCCCUGAAACAUUGGAACACUGCUAUCAUGUCUCCCCUAGUCCUUCUUUUCAUUUCAUCAUAGGUUAAGAGUGCAAGAAAUAGGAACAAAUAAAGUUGUUAAGAAAAACAAAUGAAUUCCCUGUAUUUUAGGAAGACCCUUUCCUCUAAUUGAAUUGUCCCUGAUAGACCAGAUUCAAUCUGUUUUUCAAAGGCAUUGCUACCUGAUACGAUAAAAAGGUAGUCUGUUUUGAGUUUAAUUUGAGUCUCAAACGGGUUCAUGAACAAAUUCACGUCAUUUUCUUGGCAACGAUAUGAAAGUGGUUUGCUUUAUUUUCCAGGAUAUGUGUCUUUGUGUGGGUGUUUUCAGCUUUUCAGACUAGCCUACAGCUUUGGCUGUUCCAGAAGUUCUCCCAUCAAAGUCCUGGAUGGGACUGACUCUAUUUAGCUUUUUCAUAACCAGUGGAGCGCAGUUUAGAUCCCUUUCAAAUAAAGCUUUUGUAGCAGUGAGGCAUAACCUGUGUGCCCAGUAUCACAGUUUGUCCCCCAAAUCUUGAACAUGGCCCUUCAAAGCACCUCCAAAGUUGCAUCUAAAUUUAUUUAUGUUUAAUAUGACAGAAGGGGUCGAACAAAAUGUGACAGAAAGGGUCGAACAAAAAAGCCAUUGUCUUUAAAGUAUUUAAAUUAAUUUUAAUUAAAAGUCCACAUGAAAUAAAUUUUAGUUUUUCUACUGAUACCAUCUGUUUCUUGAUGCUGGUACUAUCAUCUUCUUAGAACAGGCUCCUUGCAUACAGAAUAACAGGGUUGGAAGAGGCCUUGGACUUCUUCUAAUCGCUCCCCCUACUUAAGCAGGAGAUCUUAUACCAUUUCAGACAAAUGGUUGUCCAAUCUCUUCUUAAAAGCCUAAAGUGUUGGAGCAUCCACAACUUCUGCAGGCAAGUUGUUCCACUGAUUAAUGGUUCUCACUGUCAGGAAAUUUCUCCUUAGUUCUAGGUUGCUUCUCUCCUUGACUAGUUUCCAUCCAUUGUUUCUUGUUCUGCCUUCAGGUGCUUUGGAGAAUAGAUUGACCCCCUCUUCUUUGGGGCAGCCCUUUCUAACUGGCCACAAAAGACAAGUGUGUCCUUCAGUCUGAAACAGGUCAUGAAUCUUUGAGCUAUAGAAUGGAGAAGUGAAUCUUGUAGUCAAGCUACACGUCCAAUUACAUCCCAAGCAGCCAUGUUCCUUAGCAAUGCGGACAGUUGUAAUUCAAUCCAUGUGGAGGGUCGCAGCUCCAUCACAGAUAAAUGCUUUCUUGUACAGGUAGUCCUUGACUUGUAACCAUUCGUUUAGUGACUGUUUGAAGUUACAACAGCACUGAAAAUGUGACUUAUGACUGAUCUUCGCACUUAUGACCAUUGCAGCAUCCACAAGGUCAUGAUCAGACUUCAAGCACUUGGCUACUGGCAUACAUUUACAACAAUUGUAGCAUCCCAGUGUCAUGUGGUCACCAUUGGCAGCUUUCCCAGCUGGCUUCCAAGAAGCAAAGUCAAUGGGGAAAGCUGGAUUUGCUUAAUGACCACAUGUUUCACUUAACAACUGGAAUUAAUAACCAUUGCAAAAAGGUCAUCAAAUUGGAUGCAGCUCACUUAACAUUGCCUUGCAUUGAUCCCAAUUAUGGUUAUAAGUCGAGGACUACCUGUAGAGCUGGGAAUAGACUUUGCUGCAGUGAUGAUCCAUGUAAAAUAUCCUUUCAGAGUUGAUUCCUGCAGCAACCUAUUUCGCCUUUUCAUAGAAGUCAAAUGAAAGCACAGUGAGUAAAUUAUCUGCUCUGAACUCUGCAUUGGCAACAGGAAGGGCAUCCAGCCAGUAAACAAUCAGCUCCAUUCCAUUGCCCCAACCCCACCCCAAUGUAAGGGAUACGGGGUCAUUAAAAGACACACACACAAAAAUAGAAGUCAAAUAAAACAGACACAUUGCUUCUUUUGGCAAAUGCUUUGAAUCCUUGCAAAAAAAUUCUAGCAGCUGGAAGGGGGUACUGGAGAUAUGUUACUGAAUUGUAGGGACCUUUUCUAGUUCAAUGAACUGCUGACUAAAAAGUUCAAAACAAUUCAAAGCGCCCCAAAAAAGGAUUACCUCCAAGCUUAGAGAAUCGUGUGGCCUCCAUGACACAAAGAAACCUUGCUCGCACAAAGCACAACUGGCUUACACAGGCCUACUUUCUGAUAUGAUUUUAUAUUAACCAGGCAAUCAUCAAGUGAGGCUGUUUGAAGCCAUGAAUGUACCAUAAAGCCUUUUGCAGUUUCCUCAAGGACUGUCACUCAUCAAUAUUCCUGAAUGUAUUUUCACUCCAUCUCAAAGACUACCAGUAGAGAGGCUGUGAAUUGGAGUUAAGAAGAUUAGCAGUGAUAGACUUGCUUGCUUUUUUUGAUACCUUUUCGCUAGACUUCGAUCACUUGUUAAAGUCUAUCUGGGCUGCCUCUUUUAUUAUGCCUCUAACUGCAUGUUAUAGAAUUGCUAAAGGUGUUGAGAAUAUUGUUAAUGAUCAGUAGCUCUAUCCCAGGGUUCUGCAACCUUAAACACUCAAAGAGCCAUUUGGACCCGUUUCCCACAGAAAAGAAAAAAACAGGAGCCACAAAACCCCUCCCGUGCCUAACUAUUUCUUGAGUGGCCACAAAACUAGCAUAUGUAGUUGAAUUCUGUUUUCUUCUGAAAUUUUUAUUUUCUUGGAUUUAUCCAUGGUUGGCCUACCGUGGGUUGAAAAGCUCAAUAAAUCACCUGCCGGUGGGUGUCGCACAUUGGCAGUUGUGACACAUAUUUUGAGUGACGGAGCUGCAGAAGAGGGGUGAAAGAGCCACAUGCGGCUCCAGAGCCGCAGGUUGGUGACCCCUGCUCUAUCCAGAUCUGCAAAUGCUCGAAACAAAAAAAACAAACAAACUCUUGGUAAUUCCACCAUUCUCAGUCUUCUGGUAUUGAUUACCUCAAGUAUCCAAAGUCUGUGUAGAUAACUAGGUUGUGACUAGUGGGAUAACAUCCAUAAACUUAGGACUGGCUGAACAUUCUUGGUAUGGUUUAGAGGAAGAUAAGUGUGGAAUUUCUGGGAAAGAUAUGGAAAGAAGAUUUUUAGCCAGGAACACUGAUAGCGGUUAUUCUUGCAACGAAGGAAAUGAAAUCUGGACUAAGGGCUCAGUUAGAUUUGAUUCCAGUGGAGUGAAAUGAGGAUAUGAGUAGAAAUGAGAAAGAAGGAUUAGUGGAUGUGGAAAAGAAUGGUAUUCCUAAAACCUGACAUUUUUGAUUACCUUGUUGUCAUCUUUGGUAUUUGGGGGAUUUAACCCUAAACCAAGAGAUAAAGACUAGACUCUAAGAUAUUAGUGUGUAUGUGUAGAAAACAACUUGUAUUGUAAGUGAAGUCACUGUAUCACAAAUUAUCAUUGUCACCCUCUGAAAAUAGACAAUUAAUAUGAGACAUCUGACUGAGGGUAAUUCCAUUGUUGUUGUUGUUUUACAUUAGAUUUAGAACAGCAAAUUCAUUUGACAUGCUGUUCCAAUGGCUGUAUCCUUUGAAUUAUACAUAAAAAAUCAUGUACUAGAAGCAACCUUUUUCUACGCCGAUAGACCCAGAUGUACUGAAAUUUUAAGUUUCAUAAUUCCAUUAAUUGGCAUGUUAGUUGCAGUUCCAGUAAUUAUGGUUCCAGCACCAUACAUGGACUAAAUUGUUUUAGAAAAUUUAACAACUAGAGUUGAAUUUGUAUGUUUGUUUUAGAGUUCUGAAUGCAUUGUGCAAAAAACGGGAUACUCAGAACAAAUAUCUUGAAGCAAUAUUAAUGGCAGCAAAAUAUACAAUGGUCAAGAUUUUUUUUCUGGGGAUAUGUUCCCAUUUUUUUAAAAAAAUAAAUUAAGUCAGGUAUUUAUAAGGAAAAAUGAAACAAAAGUCAUAGCGAUACUUCUUAAUAUUCCUACGAUGUAAUCCUUUGCCUGUUGAUUCAGGAGUAAACCCUGCCAACGUCAAAGGAAAUUUGGCCAGGGAAAAUGUGUAUAAUACUGAAGUUUUAGGACAUUAAUUCAGAGUAGUUUUCUCCAAGUUGUGUCUUCCAUUUGUGUAGAAAUCUGUAGGAGUUUACAUUUGAUCAGGAAGGAUGGUUUAGACCAGUAGUGGGUUCCACUUACCUCCACUAGCGGUUCGGAACUGUGAGCGCGCACACACACGGCGCUUCUGCACAUUUGCAGAAUCUUUUGCCCAUGCGCAAAGCGUCCAUGAUGAUGUCUGGGCAGCUGGGCGGAGCCUUCCACCACCGCCACUACCGGUUCGUGCGAACCGGUAGAAACCCACCACUGGUUUAGACCAACUGAAGAUAAGACUAUUUUUGUACUGUUGGGUUUAUACCUUUUUGGAUUAAGUAUCAGCAAGUACUUGUGAUUUUGACACGAAGCAUAGCAUCUCUACUCAAGUAUAUUUAGGAAAGUCUUUAUGGUUUAGAACUGGUUGAUUUUUAACCUUCUGAUAGCCCUGCUUUAUAUCCUAUCAAACUCGACACAUUCAUUAAAGAUAAAAAAAAAAAACAGACUUGUACUUUUUUAUUCAAUCAUUGGCCUAGUAUCUGUGAUGGAGAGUUUAACAGGAAAGUCAGUGGCUGUUAAUUAGAACUGAGUCAUCAUUCCUAAGUAAACGGCACAAAAUAUUCCAGAAAGUUGAGUGUUUCCAGUUAAAAGGUCUCAAACGGCAGACUUGGAGAUGAUCUCGGUCCAGUGAGAUCUUCCUACACAGAUUGUCUUUUAGAAGCAGGAAGGAUUUAGGUGGUCAUUGGUGUAAUUUAGAUUUGGGUAACUUCAUAAAGAUAAAAAAAUCAGCUCCAAGCCAAUUUGGAUUGUGUAGCUCACAAACAACUCCACUGUGUUACCUUGUUUGCAAAGCUGGUUUUGCCAUUGGCUUCUUUUGUGGUUUGGAGCGGCCAUUUUGAACGGCCUUUCCUCAACUCUUGGUCCUUGUUGCUUGGUCUACUUAGUGUUGACUGGAAAAAAAAAUUGCACCUACAACUUUCUGGCAAUCUUCCCAACAUUUGGGAUCAAAAUCGGAUUCAAUCUGUCCAGUGUUCACAACAGAUAUAUUCUCAGGGAUCUUGAAAGGGCAACAGAGAGCCAGCCAUGCUGCAUGACAGCCCUGGUAGCGUUCUUCCCUUAUCAGUGUUUGUACCUAACUUUCUGCCAUCUACCUUUCAAUUGCAGUGACAGACAGGCAGUAUCAUUUUUUGUAUUCUCCUUGCACUAGCAGAGAUACUUCACUCAGCUCUGGGAACUAGAUAAGGAAGGAAGGUGUAAAGUUAAUGGGUAUUGACAAUUGAAAGCUCUUGUCAAAAGGGGCUCAGGCCUCAUUCACACAUUACAUGUUUGGCUUACUUUUAAAACAACAACAAGGGCGUCUGCUUUACCACAGAAUGUGUGAAAGAGUUGUACAAAAAGCCAAUUCAGCAUAGAUUACAGUUACUGCAGAACUGCCAGUUCAUUUUUUUUCCAGUUACGUUUCUGACGGGGUCUCUAUAGAUGGAAUGAACUAGCGUCGCCAUUCCAAAGAUGUCUGAAGUAAAUGAUGCUUGAUGUAUGCAUAUCUAUUAUGACAGAAAUAUCUCCAGGAAUUAACUGCCUCAGUGAACUUUUUUAAAAUAAAUAAAUAAAUAAAUAUUGUGUUCCUUAUUUUUUUUUUUGUCAAUGUUUUAUAUCUGUUUUUGUUUUUUAAGCUGAUAAGUUUAGGAAAAGAAGAAAAGAUUGUUAUAUUAUGCUCUUCAACUAUUUUCCAACUUGUAUUUUCAUAUAAUUUAUAUUUUAUAGAAGUGAAACAAAAAAUGCCUUAAAAGCAAAACGUUUUUGUUUUUUGUUUUUGUUUAUAAAGGAGAAAAAGCAGGUGCUUUUUAGGAGGGAAAAAAAAAGAAAUGAAAGAAAACCAAACUCAGCUGAGGUAGCUUAGAGAUGUAGCGUUAUCUGUGUUUUUUAAGAAAUUCAAAAUCGCAACCUCUCCCACACUGAAGACUUAAUAGGGAGUGGAAGAGAUUUUGUUUUGAUUGCUGAUGCUGGCACAUCAUUCUUCUGGAGAGUUUUUAUAUACUGUAGCCUUAUUUCUGAUUGUAUUCAAAAUUAAAAUAUUGCAAAGACA